AUGUUUUCCGACGGAGCUAACGUUUUCCGUCUGCUGCUCAUGAUUAUCGGCAGUCAGAUCACGACGUCGCUCGUCCCUGUGUACGUCCGUCGCUUCUUCUUCCACCGCUACCUCUACCGCGAGGGGUACGUCACGCGCGGCGGCCGCCGGAGCGAACCCGUGGUGACAGUACGGAGCGGAGAGGCGGGGGGGGUGGAUGAGAUGAUCGGGGAAGGCGAGGGUGGCGGGGAGGCCUUGGGGGUGCUGGAGGAGGAGCAGCGUCGCGCAUCGGAGGACGAUAAGGACACUGACGGGCGCGGUGAUGCUGCAUUGGGCACCAAGGCCGAGGGGUCAGGUGCGGUGGGGAGUGGUAGAAGCAAGGUGACCCACGUUCAGAGCGACCCGGCUAAGGUGUCCCCGAUUGGGUCCAGCGGCGCGAGCAGAGGGCGGGACGGAGCUCUUGUGAUUCCCGUUUAUGACGCUCCAGCGGGGUCCGACGUGGAUGCCACGCGGCAAGAUUCCAGCCAGAAUGGUCCGAGAUCUGCUCGCGCUGAUUUGGACGCGCUGCGACUGGACAGCAGCCAGCACGGGCCGCGGUCGGCGCGGUGGGACGGCGACCGGCGUAUGUGGGACAGCCCGCGCAACGCGCAGGGGCGGCCGGCGCUGACCCCGCGGAGGGCGUUCGGGCUGGAGGACGCGCUGGAGCGCACAGUGGCGCCGCUUUCGGGGCGGUACCAGGCGGGGGAAGAGAACGCGUGGCACACGUGGUCGGGGGACGUGGCGCGCGCGGAGGGGCAGCGGCUGAAGCUGGCGCUGGAGAUCAUGCGCGUGCAGCAGCAGCAGCGCGACAGCGAGCAGCGACCGGGGCUGUUCCUCCAGCGCACCCUCUCCUCCAGCACCUGGCGCACUGAGGACGCUGAAGGGGCUAGUGCUGGCGCUGAUGCUGAACUGCUGCCCAUUGGCCCGGGCGAACGAAGAUUCCUGGAACUGAGGGCGUUGGAGUUGCUGAGCUGGCUGGUGCCCGUGUACUUCGUGGUGGUGCAGGCCGUGGCCGUGCUGCUCAUGCUCGUGCUCGUGCACGUGUCACCGUCCGUUAAACAGGUCGUGGACAGCAACGGCGUCAGCCCCGUCUUCUUCUCCUUCUUCCAGGUGGUGUCAUCGUUCAGCAACACGGGGCUGGUGCUGCUCAACAGCAACCUCAUGGACUUCAACAGCAACGUGCCGCUGCUGCUGGGCCUCUCCGCGCUCAUGCUCCUCGGCAACACCCUCUUCGCCCCCGUGCUGCGUGGCCUGCUGCUGCUGCUGCACCGCGCCGCCAAGGGCGAGAACAAGGUGGUGUACGAGUAUCUGCUGCAGCACCCGCGCAAGUGCUACACGCACCUCUUCCCGCGCUCGUCCACGCUGUGGCUGGUGGCCACGGUGGUGGCGUUCAACAGCAUCGAGUUCAUCUUCUUCUGCGUCUUCGACUGGAACUCCACCGCCCUUGAUGGCCUCUCCAGCGGCACGAAGGUGCUGGUGGGGUAUUUCCAGUCCAUCUGCACGCGCACCACCGGCUACAAUGUCGUUGUCCUCGCGCUGCUCUCGCCACCCAUGCUCGUGCUCUACAUCGGUUUGAUGAACGUGGCAGUGUAUCCGGUGUACCUGGCGCGGCAGACGUCCCGCGAGCAGCGCGAGGUGUACGACGACGAGGACAUCGGCGUGUUCUACGAGGACCUGCAGGAGGGCGUGCUGGACCCGGGCGUGCUCACGCAGGGCAAGAAGCUCUUCCUGCACGACACGGCGCUCAUCUUCUUCGCCAUCUUCCUCGUGUGCAUCAUGGAGAGCGCCAUGAUCACCUCCGACCCCACCAACUUCUCCAUCUUCAACAUCAUCUUUGAGAUCAUGAGUGGCUAUGGCAACGUGGGCUUCUCUCUCGGGUACACCUGUCCAGAAGAUGCCCCCCCUGGCUGUGUCUCCCCGCCCUACAGCUUCUCAGGGGUGUGGCGCACGGAGGCGAAGGUGGUGAUGGUGCUGGUGAUGCUGCUGGCGAGGCACCGCGGGCUGCCAGACAACAUCGACGCCGCCAUUGUCAUCCCCGACCAGAAGCAGUUCCAUUUCGCCGCUAAGGCUCACGAGGCAGCAGCAGCCUCAGGCACAGACGCAGAGCAUGAUGAGGUGGAGAGCAUUGCGUCGUCGAGGAGGCGAGGCGGCAAGGGGCCUGUGAUUCCACACAGGGCCUUGAUACGAGCCCACAGCAGCAGCCAGAUACUGCUGCCAGGCAGCAGCCUCAGAGCCAGUAUGGAUACGUUUGAUCGUUCAACAACACCCACAGCAAUGAGCACCACCAUGUCGUCGCCGUCCUCGCGCACCUACUGGUGCCAUCAGUGUGCGACCGUCGCCGCCAUCGCGCGCCCUUCCCCCACGCCCUCCAUGUGCGGUCCUCGCUGCCCGGCGUGCGGAGGCGGCUUCGUCGAGGAGCUCCCCGCGCGCGCGCUCGCCGCGCCCGCCACGCUCCCCUCGUCGCCCGCGCGUGCCGACCUCUCGUUCGCCGACGCUUGGGAUGACAUGCGCAGCGUGCUCGCUCAGCGUUCCGAGCACCAGCGCGCCGAGCCGGGGUCAUCGCGGUCGUCGUCGCCCGACAUCGGCGGAAGCGCCGCCAUUGCGCGCGAGGCCGCGUCGCCCCCCACAUCCCCAUCGCCAUCCGACGGCGGCGAGGCUUCCACCGCUCCCACCCGCACAGGCCGCUCCCCGCGUGGACUACGCGACGCCUCUCGCCGCGUCGUCCUGGACUCGCUCGAUCCGCGCGACGACGUGCUUCCGCUGGGCUCGCAGCAUCGCACGAGCGGUCGCAGGGAGUCGCCGAGCGGCGUGUUCGGCGACUACGGCGACGUCGAGGACGGCUUGGCGCGCUUCCUGCGCGACAUGUGGGAGGAGUCGUCGUUCCUGGAGGUCGCCACCGCGCAGCUGCGCGCCAGAAGCGCGCCGAUGAGCGACACUGCCCGGGGGCAGGUAGCGGGCAGUGACGACGAGAGUAGCGACGACGCCGUGCCGCCACGCGUGGGUACAUCGAACGCAGCGCCAGCUGCAGCGGGCGUCAUCAGUGAAUCGGGCGAGUUCUCGGGGCGAGAGGGCGACUACUUCCUGGGGGACGACCUCAGCGCGCUCGUGGACCGCAUCGCCACCGCACACCCCGCGCCCCACACCAGCACGCACACGCCAGCGUCGAGGGCGGCGGUGCGGGCGCUGCCGCUGCGCAUAGUGCGCGAGGAGGAUGUGGCGGGGGGCGUGGCGGCGUGUGCGGUGUGCCACGAGGACAUGGGCGUGGGCGCCGUGACGCAGCAGCUCCCGUGCCGCCACGCGUACCACAGCGACUGCAUCCUGCCCUGGCUUGCGCAGUCCAACACCUGCCCCGUCUGCCGCUUCCGCCUGCCCUCCCAGGCCGAGGCCGAUGCCGCCCCCACGUGCCCCUGGCACCAUGGCGCCCUGCUGGGCGCUGAGACGCGCCAGGGGGCUGGCGGUGGGUCAUGGCAUGCGGCAUCCUCCUUCUCGUCGCUGCUGCAUCAACGCAUCCACACUGCUGCCCCCACGCCCUGGAGCCAACAGCAUCAUGCCCAUGCCCACGCCCCCUCCCAUACCCAUCACCAUGCCCAUGAUGCAUCCCACGCCCACCGCCCUGCCCGUUCGCCCUCCAUGGGCCGUGGGCCCUCGGGUGCCGCCUCCUCUGACCGCUGGCCUGCCCCCUCCGCUGCCUCUUGGCGCGCGUCCGCCUCCUCUGCUCGCCCCUCGCCUGGCGCCACACCCAUGCCACUGCAUGGCGCGGCGCAGGGCGGCGUGGGGGACAGGGGCGUGCGGCAGGGGGGCAUGGAGGAAAGGGGAGUGGGGGGAAGAGCAAUGCAGCAGGGUGGCGCGGCAGUGGGGGGGGCGAGCAGCAGGGAGGUGAGGAUGCGCAGCGAGGCAGUGAGGCGGGCCGUGGGGUCGUCGUGGGAGGCUUAUUUGAUGCGCCAGCGCGCCAGGCAGCUGGGGGGAGAGCGGCUGGUGGGGGUAGCCAGGCAGCAGGGGGGGGGAGGAGGCAGGCAGGGGAGCAGUGCAAGGGAGGGGAUGCGGGGUGAUGCUGUGCAGGGGCGGGGGGAGGGCAUGGGAGGAGGAAGAAGUGAGGCAGGGCCGUCGGUGGGAGGGGCUGGGGUGAGUGAAAGGCUUCCUGCUGCUGCUGCUGCUGCUGCAGCGUCUGAUGGGCUGGCAGUGUGGCGCCGUGACCUGAUUGGUGCAGCGAGAGGCACUGUGUUUGCUGACAGGGGGGAGAGGGAGAGGAGGUGGGGAGGUGGGGCAGUGGCGGUGAGGGGAAGGGUGCAAAGGGAGGGCACGGGGGGCAGCGUGGGUGGGAGUGGCAGUGGCAGUGGCAGCGGCAGUGGCAGUGGUGGUACGAGCUCAGAUGAGAGCCGCGAGCUGAGCGAGGCCAGCCCCUCGUCCCCACCGCUCACUCCCUCCUCUCUGGCGCCUGUGCUUGGCAGCAGCGGGCAUGGGUCCCCGGAGGGUGCGCCUGCCCGGGAUAGAAUGCCUCCCCUCGUCAUGCGUUUCCAUUCGUCACCCGCGUUUCCCUUUGUCACCCGCGUUUCCCUUCGUCACCCGCGUUUCCCUUCGUCACGUGCGUUUCACUUCGUCACGCGCGUUUCCCUUCGGCACGCGCGUUACCCCUCGUCGCGCAAGUUUCCCCUCGUCACGCGCGUUUCCCCUCGUCUCGCGCGUUUCCCCUCGUCUCGCGCGUAUCGCUUCGUCGCGCACAUUUCCUCCACUCGCGCCCGCGCCUUCCUGUCACGCGCGCUUCCCCUCGUUGCGCGCUCUCCUCCCCUCGUCUCGCGCGUUUCCCCUCGAUACGCGCUAUCCUCCCUGGUCUCGCGCGCUUCCCCUCGUGAAGGGCCGAGGGGGAAAGAUAGAAGGGGGAGGAUGGAGGGGGAGGAACAGAGGGGGGAGGGCAGAGAGUGGGAGACGAAGGGUGAGAGCGGGUUCUUCCCUCACUCCCUCUCCCCAUCGACCUCAAUUUUCCCAGAGUGUUUACACCCCUCUUUAUUUGACCGACCUCCCUUUCUCCCACCAGCUCUGUGUACCCCGCAAUCCCUUAUCCUUUGCCUCACCUGCUUCCCCCCUCCCACCUCCCUGCUUCCCCCCUCCCUCCACCCUGCUUCCCCCCUCCCUCCGCCCUGCUUCCCCCCUCCCUCCGCCCUGCUUCCCCCCUCCCUCCUCCUUGCUUCUCCCCUCCCUCCUCCCUGCUUCCCCCCUCCUUCCUCCCUGCUUCCCCCCUCCCUCUGCCCUGCUUCCCCCCUCCCUCUGCCCUGCUUCCCCCCUCCCUCUGCCCUGCUUCCCCCCUCCCUCUGCCCUGCUUCCCCCCUCCCUCUGCCCUGCUUCCCCCCUCCCUCCGCCAGGCUUCCCCCCUCCCUUCGCCCUGCUUCCCCCCUCCCUCCGCCAGGCUUCCCCCCUCCCUCUGCCCUGCUUCCCCCCUCCCUCUGCCCUGCUUCCCCCCUCCCUCUGCCCUGCUUCCCCCCUCCCUCUGCCCUGCUUCCCCCCUCCCUCUGCCCUGCUUCCCCCUCCCUCUGCCCUGCUUCCCCCCUCCCACCUCCCUGCUUCCCCCCUCCCUCCACCCUGCUUCCCCCCUCCCUCUGCCCUGCUUCCCCCUCCCUCCGCCCUGCUUCCCCCCUCCCUCCGCCAGGCUUCCCCCCUCCCUUCGCCCUGCUUCCCCCCUCCCUCCGCCAGGCUUCCCCCCUCCCUCUGCCCUGCUUCCCCCCUCCCUCUGCCCUGCUUCCCCCCUCCCUCUGCCCUGCUUCCCCCCUCCCUCUGCCCUGCUUCCCCCCUCCCUCUGCCCUGCUUCCCCCCUCCCACCUCCCUGCUUCCCCCCUCCCUCCACCCUGCUUCCCCCCUCCCUCUGCCCUGCUUCCCCCUCCCUCCGCCCUGCUUCCCCCCUCCCUCCGCCAGGCUUCCCCCCUCCCUUCGCCCUGCUUCCCCCCUCCCUCCGCCAGGCUUCCCCCCUCCCUCUGCCCUGCUUCCCCCCUCCCUCUGCCCUGCUUCCCCCCUCCCUCUGCCCUGCUUCCCCCCUCCCUCUGCCCUGCUUCCCCCUCCCUAUGCCCUGCUUUCCCCCUCCCUCCGCCAGGCUUCCCCCCUCCCUUCGCCCUGCUUCCCCCCUCCCUCCGGCAGGCCCAAGGCAGGCCCAAGGCAGCAGCAACUCUUGUUGCUGUGCCUUGGGUGCCCAAGGCAGCAGCAACAAGAGUUGCUGUGCCUUGGGUGAGGGCUGGUGUGUGCAUGCAAGUGCAAGCAGGCCCAAGGCAGCAGCAACAAGAGUUGCUGUGCCUUGGGCGUGGGCUGGUGAGUGCAUGCAAGUGCAAGCAGGCCCAAGGCAGCAGCAACAAGAGUUGCUGUGCCUUGGGCGUGGGCUGGUGUGUGCAUGCAAGUGCAAGCAGGCCCAAGGCAGCAGCAACAAGAGUUGCUGUGCCUUGGGUGUGGGCUGGUGUGUGCAUGCAAGUGCAAGCAGUAUCGCUGGCACUCACCUGGGCUCUCCUCUCGAGCGACCGGCUUCGGCAGCAGCAACCAGUAUCGCUGUUCUAUAGUCGAGUAGCAGGGAAUUGGGCACUCACCUUGGCUCUCCUCUCGGGCAACCCGCAGGGGCGUGUGCUGCCCCUUGCUACCCGUCAGUGCGCAGUAUCCGCUUUGGUUGUGCGCGUGGUGGUCGCCGAGAGCAGCAGUGUGCUCGUCGCCUGGUAUGCGGGCUCCGCUCGCCUGGAAUGCGGGCUCCGCUCGCCUGGAAUGCGGGCUCCGCUCGCCUGGUAUGUUGCCUCCGCUCGCCUGGUAUGCGGGCUCCGCUCGCCUGGUACGUGGGCUCCGCGCGCCUGGUAUGCGGGCUUCGCGCGCCUGGUAUGCGGGCUCCGCGCGCCUGGUAUGCGGGCUCCGCUCGCCUGGUAUGCGGGCUCCGCUCGCCUGGUAUGCGGGCUCCGCUCGCCUGGUAUUCGGGCUCCGCUCGCCUGGUAUGCGGGCUCCCUAAACCCUGGAAUGCGGGCUCCGCUGCCUGAAAUGCGGGCUCCGCUCGCCUGA